CUUUUUUAAUAAGUUUAAUUGUGGUGAUUUAGUGCGGUUAUAAAGGUUACACGCGAAACAAUCAAUUUGGACAUAAAUUGCGUCAAAAUGAAUUUGACAGAUUCACAUUUGAAUUGUCCAGAGAUAAGUAGAAUUGCUAGUUAUAUUGGGGAACAUCCUGCUUAUUAUACGAAUUCUGGGACUAAGCCUGUAUCGAGUGUAUCUGACUUAUACGCCCCGUACAUUAGGAGUACAAAUCAUUCGAGGGAACAAUGGAACAAUGCACAAGAUAAUACCAAGCCUGAUUCUGUACAUGGUUCUUCGCCAUCUAGAAAUUUUUUUGGAUUUUGUAAUUCAAAUUACGGAUACAGGACGCCACCGCCACAAGUUUCUGUUAAAAGAGAGCCACCUGAAAGUACCUGGGCUGACUCUUCUCGCAACGUAGGUACCCUGUCUCCACCCCAAACGACGUUUCCCGAAUAUAGCCCACGACCUUCGUCAGUGAUUAGCUAUCAACAAAUAAGUGCUGGAACUAAUAAUGCUCAACAUCAACUUCAUAGUGCGUCCACAGCAAAUACGUUAGCAUCUGAUAAAUCGGAGCAGCAAACAGCCUACACAGCUGCAGCAGCUGAUAGCACUACCUCUUGCAGCAGUACUACAGGCGGAGUCGACGUCCCUGGGGCUGGUCUGUAUUCAUCCAGCACGCCCCUCGUAGCAUCGGCGGCUACGAGCGCGCAAUCUCACGGCACUACGAGCGCUCACGCAAGCGCCGGACAGGUGAUAUCCGUAGCGGGCAACCCGUUCCAUCACCCCAGGCGAGGCUCGCUACAAUUGUGGCAGUUUCUAGUUGCGCUUUUGGAUGAACCGGCGGCAAGUUCUGGGUGCAUUGCGUGGACCGGACGCGGUAUGGAGUUUAAACUCGUAGAACCGGAAGAAGUAGCGCGUCGAUGGGGACUUCAAAAAAACAGACCGGCCAUGAACUACGACAAACUGAGCAGGUCCCUGAGGUAUUACUAUGAGAAGGGCAUUAUGCAAAAAGUUGCAGGCGAGCGUUACGUCUACAAAUUCGUAUGCGAUCCGGAGGCGCUGUUCAACAUGGCUUAUGGAAACGGCACGCAGGACGCGUCGGGGAUCACAUCUCAGCAACGAGUCAAAUACAAACAUCAACAGCCUGCCAAUGACCAAAUCCACAGUCAUCAACACUCACAUAACAGUCCCGUUCUGCAACAACAGCAACAUCUGAAUUCACAUCAGCUUAAUCAUCAACAACACCAACAAACUAUGACUGCUGGUCAACAGCAAACUAUUGCCAAGACUAAUGAAAGCCAAGGUUCAGUGUAUCACUCAUUUUAUAAUAAUGCUAGUCACAUACAAAUUCAUUCGCUGCAACAAUACAUAGGAACUGACGGUUCUCAUUGUCUAAGGACUCAACACUAUUACCCGCAUGCGUAUGCAAACGUUGGAACUUAAUUUUAAUGAUGAUCUUACAAGUUCAAACAUAGCACAUAUGCCUAUAAAAACAUACAUAAACUACAUGCCACUUCAAAUGUAUCAUACGCGUGCGGAUUUUUCUAUAGCGAAAU